AUGACUGACGGCGCGAUCAGACGCGUUGCGGUCAUUGGAGCCGGCAUUAGUGGCGUGGUGAGUGCUGGCCAUCUUCUCGCAGCUGGACUAGAUGUCACGGUGUUUGAAAGAAGUCAAGCAGCGGGAGGGGUGUGGUUACAUGACAAGCGAGUACCGAUUGAACUUCAUUACCCAUGCGUCAAGCCGUCCGACAUAGGGAAACACGUCAGAGAUGAACGGGACGAAAUAGAGAGGCAGAAAUUAAUACAUGCUCCACCAGGACCGUGUUACGAUGGCCUCGUCAAUAAUGUUCCGACUUCGUUGCUACGAACCAAACUCAACGCAUGGCCUGAAGGGACACCCCCAUACGUCAGACACGAUGUUUUGAAAGAAUACAUCCAAGACACCUCAAAGAAAGCCGGUGUUGAGAACGCAACAGUAUACGGUGCUCUAGUCACCAAGGUCUAUAAAGAAGAAUCCCAAUGGCAUGUGACUUGGACUUCAUUGCAUGAAGACUCGGCGUCAAAGGAAUUGGUGGAAAGUCAGAAUUCAGCGAUCUUUGAUGCUGUUAUAGUUGCUUCUGGGCAUUAUCACACGCCCUUGAUUCCAAACAUCCCAGGGUUGGCUGAAGCAAAGGAGAAAUGGCCGUCACGAAUCACACACUCCAAAUCAUUCCGGAAUUCCCAGGGAUUUGAGGACAAAAAUGUACUUCUCAUUGGAGGAGGAGUUUCCUCUGCAGACAUUGCUCGGGAAAUCAGCCCCGUCGCGCGCAAAAUAUAUCAGAGUACCAGGAAUGGUGCUUUUGAUAUCCCCGAAAGUGCACUGCCUAGCAACGCUACUAGAAUUGGGGAGGUUGCGGCAUUCGAAACUACCGCUUCGGAGACAAGCCCUGAACACCUCCCUCUUACUGUUCGUCUGAAGACCGGGGAAAUCUUCAAUCACAUCGAUACAAUUGUCCUCUGUACAGGUUACCAGAUGGUUCUUCCGUUCCUUCCAGACUAUAAUGAGGGCGAGCUCAGCGAGACAGCUAUUGUGACUGAUGGUCAGCAAUUCCACAAUUUGCAUCAAGAUAUCUUCUAUAUCCCAGAUCCAACCCUGGCUUUUGUUGGCGUCUCGUUCUACACGGCUACAUUCACGCUUUUCGAAUUCCAAGCAAUUGCGGUCGCGGCAUUCUUAUCUCGGACUGCUCAACUUCCAUCCCUCGAGAGUAUGCGAGCCGAAUAUCAGGAACGAGUCAAUCUCAAAGGAUACGGAAGGAGUUUCCAUUCGCUCAAGGGCGAGGAAGAGCCAUACGUCCAGAAGAUCAUUGGUUGGGUAAAUAGUGGUAGGGAAAGACAGGGAUUGCCUUCGAUCCAAGGUCACACCGAUUCAUGGUUAGAAGGGAAAAAGGCUCAUGUCGAGAGACUUACUCUGCUUUUCCAGGGUGCUAUACCAUUUGGAAACAUUGCCGAGCCGUUGCCUGAAGUCAAGGUCUCGGCAUGA